CACGAGUGCGCGCAUUGUGCCCAGUCUGGUUUGGAUAGAAGACGAAAAAAUUGUGGCGCGCCUACCUAACCCAGACAGCGGCCUGCCUGUCAGUGCCUGGGAUGAGCGGAGAGUCAGUAACGUUAGUGCGAGCGAGACCUUGGCUGGGCCACGUAGCGAUGGAUCUACAGUAGCACCGAGUCUACUGCUAACAUAUCAGUGUCAUACAUUCUAAAAAUGCAUUAGUAAACACAUUUGCAAUCGAGCAUGCAAUAGGAUUAUCAAACAGUGGUGAACUGCAACAGUAGCUGGCUCUUUUUGUGCGUCUGCAGCACUCCAGAAUCCCUGCAACUCUGAUUGCACGAAAUGAGAAAGAGGGCGCGCUCACCGAAGGCGGCAGAUUGCAGAUGGCUCCUGAAACGAGGCACAGAAGUUCUGACUGCAGCUCAACGUCCGGCGUGAAGCUCACCCUCAAGACAGAAGCUUAAAGACUGAAGCCCUAACGGACAAUAUAACACUGACAGCCUCAAGUGAGAGACUAACCCGAGAGGCUUCAUCUGCGGAGAGACCAAAACCUCAUCGAGGGUGAAGAGCAGACACCCCAGCUUCCAGAGAAGCUUUGAGAUUCAAGCUCAACAGAAGCCUAAGCUUGUAGCAGAAUGCCACUCACGGUCUGUCCUCAGCCUUUGUCCUGUGGUGAGCAUGGAUCCCCUGUUUGAAUCUGGGUGACGCUUUCUUCCCUUCGCCCCUUCCUCCUUCCUGUCUCCUCAGUGGCGGGAGGGGUGGGGGAUUGCUUCCGUUCUCCCUGCCCCUCCUUACAACAUAGCGAGGUUACUCUCACAGUUUAAGAAUAGCAUCACUGCUAACAAACAUCUGGCUGAGCUUCAACUAGCACUACUACAGUCUUCCCCUCCCACACACAUGAAAUCCUGCCAGAGCCUGAAGGGGGAGGUGUCCAGCCCAGGUGGGAUGUCACAGGAGGGGCGCAAAACGCAGCAGGUGGCCCAGUCCUACUACCACUCCCCCGCCCCAGACCUGGACCUAACGGGCAAGCUGUACAAGCGGGAGGGCGGAGGCAAGCCUUACUCUGUGCUAGUGGACAACAAGAUGACAGCCAAGACCCCCAUGAGUGACCAGACUCCCAGUCAGCUGUCCCCGCAGCAUGUUACCUCCCCCCAGCAGCAGUACUACAGAGAGGGGACAGUAGGGCAGGAGGGGGGCGCGCAGGGGGCCCAGGCAGGCAAUGGGGGCACCUCCGAGGACUCAGAGGAAGAGGAGGAGUCAUUCAAUCGGGAGCAGAUCAUCGUGGAGGUCAACCUGAACAAUCAGACACUUAACGUAUCAAAGGGGGACAAGUCCGCCCCCCAAACCGAUGCCUCAGAGAGACACUGCAGCGAGGAGGAGGAGGAGGAGGAGGAAGAAGAUGAGGAAGAUGUGGAAGAAGAUGAAGUUGAAGAGGAGGAAGAAAUAGAGAGUCGUAGAACGAGAGCCAAGAGGGCUCGGCGUGGGGUGGUCCCCGCUACCAGCCAGUCCCGGAGGAAGACCCAGUGCACCGCUCUGAGCACCACCGGCAUGACCACCAGGGGCCGACGGAAGAAGACCACCCAGCCACCCAAGAGGACGCGCCGGACUGCCAGGGAGGGCAAGGGGACCCCCUCAGCUGCCUCUGCCACAGGGGAUAAAGCGGAUGGGGAGGAGCGGGAGACGCUGGCGUGUGAGAAGUGCCCCCGUGUCUUCAACACCCGCUGGUACCUGGAGAAGCACAUGAAUGUCACACACAGACGCAUGCAAAUCUGUGACAAGUGUGGCAAGAAGUUUGUCCUGGAGAGUGAGCUGGCCUUACACCAGCAGACUGACUGUGAAAAGAACAUCCAGUGCGUCUCCUGCAACAAGUCUUUCAAGAAGCUGUGGUCGCUGCACGAGCACAUCAAGAUCGUGCACGGCUACGCAGAGAAGAAGUUUGCCUGUGAGAUCUGUGACAAGAAGUUCUACACGAUGGCUCAUGUCCGCAAGCACAUGGUUGCUCACACUAAGGACAUGCCGUUCACCUGUGAGACCUGUGGCAAGUCGUUCAAGCGCAGCAUGUCCCUGAAGGUUCACUCGCUGCAGCACUCUGGGGAGAAGCCCUUCCGCUGUGAGAACUGUGCUGAGAGGUUCCAGUAUAAGUACCAGCUACGCUCCCACAUGAGCAUCCACAUCGGACACAAGCAGUUCAUGUGUCAGUGGUGUGGCAAGGACUUCAACAUGAAGCAGUACUUUGACGAGCACAUGAAAACACACACAGGAGAGAAGCCAUUCAUCUGUGAGAUCUGUGGGAAGAGCUUCACCAGCCGGCCCAACAUGAAGCGCCACCGCCGCACCCACACAGGAGAGAAGCCCUACCCCUGCGAGUUGUGCAGCCAGCGCUUCCGCUUCUCCAACAUGCUCAAGGCCCACAAGGAGAAGUGCUUCCGGGUCACCAGCCCUGUGACCCUGCAGGCCAGCAGCCUCCCCCUGCCUCUCCACCUCUCUGCCACGUCCUCCUCUGGCCCCGGCCCGGGCCUCGCCCCCUUAGCUGCCACCACCUCCGCCCCUCUGGGCCUCAGCCCGACAGGGGGGGCUCUUCCCCCACGCGCACCCGUGGGCCACCCCACCUUCUCCCAUCUGCACAUGACCCCCUCUCACCAUCUCCCUCACCACCAAACGUCGCAACAACAGCAGCACCACCCCGGCACGCCCCUGCAAGCACUCCCUCUGCCCCACCACCUCCUGCCUGUGCCCCCCGUCUCCCCUCCCCCCGCGCUCUUCAAGAGCGAGCCCCUCACCCACUGUGGGCAGGAGGACAGCAGCUACCUGCGUUACAUGGCACCGCAGGACAAGGGGCCUGGGGCCCCCAGCAUCACUGAACCCUAUGUGGGCUCCAGGCCUGCCUGCCACACCUCGAUUACCCCCACCCCAACUCACCCUGGCCCCUGGUGUAGAGCGGCCCCUCGAAGACUGAUAUGAACAAGACACUCAGAGCUCAGUACACACCAGUGUGUGAGGGAUACAGACAGGUACACUUUCAGUCUACACUUUAGAUAAGUGAGUGACCCACUUAGCUAGAGACCCAGGUCAACUGACACAGAUUUUACAACCUCUUGCUCAUAUCUUUUCUUGUGAAAAUAUUCUUAUAAAAUCCUGUAUUCUAAGACAACCUGCCUCCCAUGGUAGAAGGCUGUGUGUGUACCGGUAUGUGAGUUAUCCCUUGUUUGUGUCCAUUUUAUCCUCUCCACUAAUGGUUGCUAAUGCCAUUAUUCUGCUAGUGGUUCCUUAUCCAGGUAGCGGAUCAGAACAGAUCCAUUUCAUCAACUUAGUCCUUCACGUCAACUGACUUAAACAACGGUUGCACAGUUCUGGGGGAGUUGUAAGUCCUAAGGCUGACCCGUAGGACCAUGGGGUCACCGAGUUCUCGUUGAAUGUUUACCAUCCUGGUACCAACUAGGUCUCCCACUGUCUCCUGAGGCAUUCCACACUGGCUCUACCAGCAGUAGGCCAGGAAUCACUGCCACAGGUCACAGUGGGGAGGUUAGAAAAUGGUUGUUAGUUAGCUACUACUAGUCUGUUGCGACAGAGAUUCUGGUUAAUUGGUGCUUUCCAUUGCAGUACUACACACUUCUAUACACAGGCUAGAUCUCGUAACAUCUGGAGUGUACUGUAACAGAGUGGGAUUGUUUGUGUUGUUGUGAUGCAGUUCUGGGAAUUGUCUUCUUGACUGACAUACAGCCUUCGUACACACACACACACACACACACACACACUUCAAAAAGCAGUAUGACAUCACUGGUCUCACUUCACACAAAAUGCUUGUCAAGGGAUUCUGAUGUUUUUUUUGUGUAUUUUCUUUUUUGUCUUCUGUCAUCAAAACAGUUAAAUACUGCCACUGUGACUGGUCCUCGCAUACGACCCAACCUGGACCUCGUGUCUCUCUUCUGUCUCUCUCGCUUUCUUUCUCUAUCUCUUUCUUUCUCCGUCUCUCGCUCCUCUGUCUCUCUCCCGCUGCUGCUGCCGAGAUGAUGAUGAUGAUGAUGAUGAUACGGGUCACCCUGUAAAAGGCCAUUAGAACACAUUCAGAAGUUCUGACUUUUUCAGCACAACUCAUAACUGAAAAAUAUGUAUUUUUCCCCAACCAGCCUAUAUUCCACAGCUUGGUGUGGAGCAUGACACUUGUUUGUAAUGUAACCGUUUGUUCUCUUAGUUUUAGGUUACACAAACAUUGAGGCCCUAUCGCCCACGUUGGCAAAUAAUGAUGAAUCAAAACACGUUGAAUGUUGCCUAGAUGGAGGGAUAUUGGCUAACGGUUUAGCAAUCAAAUAUGUUAUUUUCGAGUAAUAAUUUCUUGAAAUAUGCUACAUUCGGUUUCAGACUGAAGAAUUGUUCUCACCUCGCUCUGAACAUACUGUUGAGUGAUAGUCAUAGGAAAGGUUGGAGGAUUAUGUCUUAACAUGCGCUUCAAUUUCUCGUGUAGAUACAUUUACUCAAGUUGUACAUUUACUCAAAGAAAUCACAUUGGUAUAUGUAACCUUGUUGUGUGUGUGUGUGUGUGUGUGAAUGUUCCCGCUGUCCCAUUGUAUGAUGUUCUGACAGUCCGGUUGUUGUUAAGUGUUGAUGGAUGACAGAGAUUCUGUCUUGUGGGAUCGUUGAUAGUGGGUUGCAGGAUGUUGUCCGCCGCCCCUUCACCCUGUCUGGGACUGUUAUCAGAUCAGAAUGAGUGGUGAGGAGCAACAUGUCUCAGUAAUGGCAAAAUGGAACCCCUCUGGUGCUGUUGUACAAAAGCUGCUUUACAUAGUCUCUGGGUCUCUCCCUCUAUGCACACACUCUGCUGAAGCCAUGCCAUCUCUUGAAGGGGGUGCUGGGGGUGAUUUGCACACAAGAAUAUGUCUGAUAUACGUUUGUGGAUUAACACAAUAGGUAUAGCGUAAUAGUGGAUCAGGUUACUGUGUUUGCAUAUCGGGAGAAACUGAAGAGGAACAAUAGCAGGCCAUGAGCAAGGCCCAUUGAAUUUGGUUUAACAGUGGACAGAGAUACCCACCCUCUAGAGAGCUACAACCAUUCUGCCGUUACUGUGGGUCUGUUAGUAGGGCCUCUGUAUCGGCUUAACCAUGAGUUACUUAGUGUUUUUCACCAUGUUUCACUAUGAGUUUUAUUUUUGUUACGUUAGUUUUGAAAAGCUUAUUCAUUUGUGUGUCCUCUGCACUUUACUGCUGCGUGAGUGAGGCGCAGUGAAGGGAGGGACUGACGACGCAUUGUGGGAGUGAGUGAUGUCUGGUGCAUGGAGGGAGGUGAUUGGUUUGGUGAGUGGCUGUUUGGGCAAGGAAAAGGAGGAGAAUCAAUCUGGACGUGGAGAGUGUGGAAGGGACCAUGGCAUAAGGAAAUGUUUUGUUUAGUUCAUACAUUUGUUUAUUAUUUCCUGUAAGGAAAUAGACUGGCUCUAAUAUGGACUCCCAAAGAGUGAUCGAGUAGUGUUGUUCCUUCUGCUUUGGCGAUUCUUACACUAGCCCCUCCCUGCUUCAUCUGAUCUGAAAUACAUUUGAGGUGUUUGUCUGCCUCAUAUCUAGUUUCCUCUUUUGUUGUGUAACAUUUUCUCUUCCGAUUUACUGUAUGAUUCUCCUCCUUUCAUAUUUGUAAUAUAGAAUGCACUUUUGACUAAAAUCCUGGCUAGUUACAAAAAAUAGCAAUGUAUAUUCUUUAAAGAUGUAAAAAAACAAAAAACAAAAUCAAUAUACUUUUUCCCCUCAUGUAUUUUUAACCACUUAAUGUAGCAUUGCCUAUUUUAUUAUUGUCAGUAUCUGGUACAAAAUUGUGCGGCUUUAUACUGUCCUGUUUUUUUUUUGUUUGUUUUUUUGUGUGUGGGGGGGGGGGUUGUUUUGUAUGUUGAGAAGUUGAAAUGUUGGGCCUUUUUUUAAUAAUGUACAUUUAACAGACUAUCUGCUAACUUUCAGAAGUAAAAAACGAGUAGCCAUAAUUAUCACA